GGCAGAGCGACGCGGGGAAGCUGCCCGUGCGGCUCAGGGCGUCAUUGCCAGCGGCCCCCCAGGCCCCGCGACUGGGAGAUCUGGGGGCUGGGAGUUUUCACGGAAGCUGGGGGGGGGGGGGGAGGUGCUGCAGAGGGGCGCGCCCCUCCCCCUUCCCCAGUUUCCACGACGCUGGUGGAAAGUUGGGUCAGAGGGGAAAGCGCGGAGCGAAGGGAAGGAAACGGCGGAGGCGGAAGCUGCACCUGAGAGCUAAGAAUGGCUCUGGGGUCCUCAGUGAGCCGGGGUGAACGCAGCCACUGCCCAUCGCAGACCGUGAAGAAGCUCCUGGAAGAACAGAGGCGCCGUCAGCAGCAGCCUGAGGCUGGGGGGGUACCGGGACAGUUUCCACCUCCCCCGGCCCAGUCCCUGACCCCAUCUGUGAAUGAGAGUGAGGCUGGCCAUUCUCGCUUCCCAGUACACCAAGAGACUGUGGGUUCUGGACCUGGCAGCCUGGCUCCCACCACGGGCUUUCCAGACUGGGACCCCAACACGCAUGCUGCCUACACAGACAGCCCCUACUCUUACCCUGCUUCUGCUGCUGAAGGCUUCCUGACUCCUGACUUCUACCCACCCUCCGACCCAGGGCGGCAGUGUCCAUAUUCUGUGGGGAUGGAGGACCCCCUGGAUACCCGGCUUUAUGCAGAACCUUCCCUGCCACAGGCAGGAUCCUGGAGAGGUUCUGGACUUCCUUCAGGACCCCCACCGUUGCCUACUCUGGCCACCGGACCAUCCCUGGACACAGCCCGUGCUCACAUGCUGGCUUUGGGGCCUCAACAGCUGCUGGCCCAGGAUGAGGAGGGAGACACGCUCCUGCACCUAUUCGCGGCUCGAGGGCUGCGCUGGGCAGCGUAUGCCGCAGCUGAGAUGCUCCAGGUAUACAGACGUCUGGACAUUCGGGAGCAUAAGGGCAAGACCCCUCUGCUGGUGGCUGCUGCCGCCAACCAGCCCCUGAUUGUGGAGGAUCUACUGAACCUGGGAGCAGAGCCCAAUGCCACCGAUCAUCAGGGACGUUCUGUCUUGCAUGUGGCUGCUACCUAUGGGCUCCCAGGAGUCCUCUCGGCUGUGAUUAACUCGGGGGUUCAGGUCGACCUGGAAGCCAGAGACUUCGAGGGCCUCACCCCUCUCCACACAGCCAUCCUGGCCCUCAACGUUGCCGUGCACCCACCUGACCUAUGUUUCCGGGUACUGAGUACCCAGGCCCGAGACAGGCUGGCUUGUGUCCAAAUGUUGCUGCACAUGGGUGCUGAUCACACCAGCCAGGAGAUAAAGAGCAAUAAGACUGUUCUGCAUCUGGCUGUGCAGGCUGCCAAUCCCACCCUGGUUCAGCUGCUGCUUGAGCUGCCACAGGGAGACUUGCGGGCCUUCGUCAACAUGAAGGCCCAUGGGAACACAGCCCUCCACAUGGCAGCUGCUCUGCCCCCUGGGCCACCCCAAGAGGCUAUCGUGCGACGCCUGCUGGCAGCUGGCGCAGAUCCAACGCUGCGAAACCUGGAGAACGAGCAGCCUGUCCACCUGCUGCGGCCUGGGCCGGGCCCUGAGGGGCUUCGGCAGCUAUUGAAGAGGAGCCGUGUGGCACCCCCAGGCCUGUCCUCUUAGGACUCAAACCCAGAACCUGGACUGAUUUUUCCAGUCCCCUCCGUCCUGUGGGACAGCCAGCGUAUGCUAAUGUUGCAAAUCCAUGAUAAUGUAUGUGGAAUGUCCUGCCAUCGGGGUCUUACAUUAAAACCCCAAAAUGGCUGCUGGGGGGGUAAACAAUCCCCAAUAUUUGGGGUGGUGUGAUACCCCUCCCCCACCCACAAGGAGCCCUCUUGAUGAUUUCUGUGAAAUCGAGGCCCCUUGAUUGUUUCUGUGAAACACUUUAGACCCUAACCCUUUCUCCACUGGGAUCCUUUGGAGCCCCCCUUCCCCUCCUCAAGUCUAGUUCAACUCCUCUAGAACCCCAGAUAUGAUUUCCCUACACAGUACUUGGGGUACCCCCAGAAUAGCUCCCAGUGUCAUCCAGUAGAGCUCCUAAGAUGACCCCCAAACCUCCCCAGGACCCACACCAUUCAUGUCCUUACCCCUGAGACAUAGGAAGGACUCUUCCUAGAUUCAAGUCCCCUGGGUCCUAUGCUUUCUAAUUCAGAGCUCAACUGGGCUCCAUCCUUGAUCUCCGCAUUUCCAGUGAAUUUCUCCCCUAUCUGAAACAACUUAUUAAACUCAGUUUGGACUGCA